AUGUCGUCGACAACUUUCCAGAUGUGGAGCGACCUGGUGCAGCGAGGUCAUGACCCCGCGCGCAAUUUGAAGAAGUGGAGGUGUAUGAACACAAGGAGCAGAGGUCCAACAAACCUAGUUCCAAGAGUUGAAGACAUUAGAGCACUUGAGAGGGAAAUUGCAAGACAAAGAAGAGAAGUAGAGCAACAGGCUCACUUGCAAAGGUUGGGGUUUGAUAUGGAGAAUCUGCCUCAAGAUGGUGAUGCCCAAGGAGGCAUUGAUCCAAGAGCUGAUCCUUUUAGACCACAGCGCCAGCCACAACAUCCAUUGCGCCAAGCUCGUGCCAUUGGAGCCUAUGAUCAACCUCACAUUCAUGGUCAUAGGUUGGGAAUUAGAGCACCAGCUGUGGAGAACAACAACUUUGAGAUCAAGUCAGGACUGCUCAACACUAUAGAGAACAACAAGUAUCAUGGUCUUGCUGCUGAAGACCCUUUUGAUCACUUGUACAAGUUUGAUAAGUAUUGUGGCUUUUCCAAGAUAAAUGGUGUUUCUGAAGACGCUUUCAAGCUGAAGCUAUUCCCUUUCUCUUUGGGAGACAAGGCACACCAAUGGGAGAAGACUCUUCCAAGUGACACUGUCACUACUUGGGACGAGUGGAAGAGAGCUUUCCUAGACAAGUUCUUCUCUACUUCAAGGACAGCUAAAAUCAGAAACGAAAUCUCUGGGUUUCAACAGAAAGGUCUAGAGAGCUUCAGUGAAGCAUGGGAGAGGUUCAAGGGCUAUUGGUCUCAAUGCCCUCAUCAUGGUUUCAGCAAGGAGAGUUUGCUGAGCACCUUCUAUAGAGGAGCUCAACCACAAUGCAGAAACAGACUUGAUACUGCCAGCAAUGGUUUCUUCUUGGGAAGAACUGAGGAAGAAGCAGAGGAACUGGUAGAGAACAUGGCCAAGAGUGACUCAGUCUACAGUGAGGAGCAUGAUAGGAUCAACAGAAGUGAUGAUCAGCAGACAAAGAAAGAGCUGAAGUCUCUUCAAGCCAAGUUGGAUCUACUUCUUGCAGAAAAGGCUAAGCAGGAGAAGAUGAACUUUGUUGGUGACCAGAAACAAGAGGCACCUCCAGUGAUCAAUGAGGUUGAUGGUUUAGAAGGCCAAGAGGAGUUGUGCUUCAUCAAUGCUAAUGGCACAUGGUACAAGAAAGAGCCCAACUUUCAGUACCAAAACAACUACCAGCAAAGACCACUUUACAACAAUCAGCAAGGAGGUUACCAAGCCAACCAGUCUCCUCAGACUCAAGGAAGCUCUUCUCAAGCUCAAGCUCCAGAUUCAAGUGUGGAUUCUAUGUUCAAACAACUCUUGGAAUUUCAGGCCAAAAAUGAGAAGACCAUGAUUUAUGAGUUCAAGAACAUCCAUGCAAAGAUUGAUGAGAACUAUUCUGACCUCAACAACAAGUACAUGCAACUUGCCUCUCAUCUCAAGGCUUUGGAGAGUCAAGUUGCUUCUAUGCCUUCAUCCUCCAAGCAGCCAAUGGGAUCUCUACCAGGAAAACCAGAAAAGAACCUUAAGGAGUCUUGCAAUGUUGUCUUCUCUACUACUUCUCCAGAGAUUGAGCUGAGUGAUCAUGAGAAAGAAGAGGAGGAUGAGAUUGAACGGCUGGUAUUUGGAACUGAGUUUGGGGAAGUUGAGAGAUUUGUUGUAGCCACAGCUGAAGCACAGAUCGUGAUGGACGCUGCCAUCAAGGUUGAAGCAACGAAUCUGCAAAGAGCUGAGCACAAGGCUGAAAAACAAGUUGAGAAGAGAGCUGACAACAAGCUAAAAAAGGUUAAGCUAGAAGAAACAACUAAGGUUGAGCUUUCACCCUAUGAUCAACCCCUUUCCCCCAAAGAGUUCUCACCAAAGCUCAAAGGAAGGCUUCCAGAAAUCUCGGGUAUGCGUGAAGCUCAUGUCCAGAUGAUGCUCAUCAACGACAUUCUAGACCACCAAGCUGAAGUGGCUGAGCUUUUGGACAUCUCCAUUAUGAAGAUUGAUCCACCAAUUCCUCCAAAGUUUCUCCCUAAAAUUGAGUCUCAAGGGAUGUUCACCUUGUCUUGCAACCUUGGUAAGUUCACUUUUAAUGAUGCUCUUGUUGAUUCUGGUGCAAGUGUAAAUGUGAUCUCAAUGGAGAUGAUGAAGAGCCUAGGGAUUGAGAGCAUGGAGUCAAACACAUCUUCCCUACAGUUUGGGGAUUCCUCUUCUACAACUCCUAUUGGUCUCAUCAAGGACUUCCCUUUGAAGAUUGGAGCAUGCACCAUUCCUAUAGAUCUCACUGUUCUGAAGAUGGCAACUGAGAAGAGAGUCCCAUUGAUCCUUGGCACUCCAUUCCUUACAACAGUAGGAGCUUGCAUAGACUUUGCCAACAAAAAGUUUAAGGAUGGGGCCAUUGAGUACAAAAUCAAGUGCAAGGGGAGGUCUAAGCCAUUCUCAAGUGCAAGGGCCAUCAUCACUCCUCAGCUCCAAAGUGAUCCAAUCAAGCUUCAAGAGCUUCUCUCUCAAGUUCUCACAAUCACUCUUGAAGGUGGGAAAGAUCCUUCUCUUCACUAG